AUGAGGACGUUCCUCUUUCUCUUUGCUGUUCUCUUCUUUCUGGGUCCAGCCAGGAGUGAAUUUUUUGAUGAGAAAUGCUACCAUGUUGGAGGGAGAUGCUUGAAAUCUUGUCGGAAAAAUGAAGAACUUGUUGCUCUCUGCCAGAAGUCCUUGAAAUGCUGUCUGCCGCUCCAACCGUGUUGGAAGAAUAAAUAA